AUGUCUUUUCUCAAAGAUUUGAUCAAGGACUUCACAGGCAACCAGAAACCCCAAAAUGAAGGCCCUCCAGGAUAUUACCCUCCACAACAACAGUACGGUUCAUCACAGUCUUAUAACGGACCCCCACAACAACAAUAUGGUUCAUCUCAGUCUUACAACGGACCCCCACCAAUAUCUCCUCCAUGGAUUGCAGAGUGGGACUCACGAGACAGCCGUUGGUUAUACGUGAACCGCGAAACUGGGGAGCGUACCUUCGACCACCCCCAGAACCGCAGCUAUGGUCCUCCAACUAAUCAAGACUACCGUGGAGAGAGACAAGGCGAAUAUUACCAACAGCAGCCACCAAAGCAAUCUCAUACCGGUCGAAACGUCGCUCUCGGUGCAGUUGCCGGCUUAGCUGGGGGGGCUCUACUUAUGCAUGAAGGGGAGAAAGUUGAAGAGAAAUGGGACGAGGAUAAAUACCGCAUCGAUAAUGACAUCUCGAAUGGCGUUCAGGACGUUGAAGACUUUCCAGAAGACGCUGCCCGUUGGACUGGAAGAAAGGUUGGAGAAGUCGAGGACAUACCUCAAGACAUCGAAAACAAAUGGGAUGAUGGUGUUCAGGAUGUCGAGGAUAUUCCCGAGGACGUUGCAGGAUGGGCCGGAAGACGUGUUGGUGAUGUUGAGAGGCUUGGGGAUGAGGUCGAUGACUCCUAUGACCAAGGCCGGGAUGAUGCCAGAUAUGGGGACAACUAUUAG